AUGGACUCUUUGGACAUAGCCAAUACAGAUCUAUUGACCAGAGCUCACACUUGCCUCAACAAUCCUAUCUAUUCAGUUCAUCGCACACCUUGGAAGCUAUACUUUGAUGGAUCAAAAACUGAUAUAGCUUCAGGGGCAGGAAUUGUUUUGGAAGAACCGCUUGGAAUCAGACACUGUUACUCAUUCCAAUUGGAUUUCUAG